AAGGUCAGAUAAAACGCAAAUCGGAAGCAUGGACUGAAAGUCAUCUACAGUAUCUCAAACAGAAAAUGAGUUAGGAUGUAUAUAGCAAUCAGAAAAAUUACAAUAUUCUAUUCAAUCUGAUUUUCAUUUUACACAUGGCUUGCUAUUUCAGACGAACGAUUGCAUCAAAGCUAUCCAAGGUCCUGGGGUCAUCAGAGGAGUCCUUCAUUGCAGCAGUGUCGGCUGUCCCUGUCUCAAAAAAACAGCAGUCCCCUGAUUUCCGUGUGUCUGUGAGUUCCCUGGUGCAGAAUGGCCUGCUCCAGUCUGCGGGGGAUAUCCAGACUCGGACAGAACUGCUUGGUCAACAGAUAAAGAGAGACAGUGUGGUUGAAGAUGUUGGAGUUGGCACUGGAGUAAUCCAUUUUAAAAUAAACCGAGCACUCUUGGCAGAGAAAGUUUUACAGGAGAUAUCCAUCAAAGGUUCAGAUUUUGGCGUGAAAAGUGAACUUUUUAAUCAGCAGCAAAAAGGGAAAAAAACCGUGGUAGAAUUCAGUUCACCGAAUAUUGCAAAAAAGUUCCAUGCUGGACAUCUGCGCUCUACCAUCAUCGGUAACUUCAUAGCUAACCUUAAGGAAGUCCUGGGCAACUGCGUCAUUAGGAUUAAUUAUCUGGGUGAUUGGGGAAUGCAGUUUGGUCUGCUGGGAGUUGGCUUUCAGCAGUUUGGUUCAGAGGAAGAGUUAAAAGUAAACCCUCUACAACAUCUGUUUGAUGUGUACGUGCGAGUAAACAAGGAAGCUGAGAGAGAUGAGAACAUGCAGGAAGCUGCGCGGGAGUUCUUCAGGAGGCUUGAAACGGGAGAGAGUGGUGCUCUGUCCCUGUGGCAGCGCUUCAGAGAGAUCAGUAUUGUAGAGUACAGACGAGUCUACGAGGUUAGAACUCUAUUUAAAAAGAUGUUAAGAGAGAGUGGAAUAAAAUAUGUUCUUGUAUUUACAGUGUAUGUUCCCAUAAUCUGCGGUGAUUGUAUUCUGCUUGCUUUAAGGACAGGAACCGGUGUAGUUGACCUUUCCCCAGCCAAGGAUAUGUCGUCGUUCACUACCGUCGUACGCAGUGAUGGGACUUCUCUGUACAUUACCAGAGAUCUUGCAGCUGCUGUAGAUCGGAAGAAUAAAUAUGAUUUUGAUGAGAUGAUUUAUGUGGUAGGUCUUUUUACACUCAUUUAUUUUUCCCCCAUUAAUUUGAGAGUUGUUCUCCCACAUUUCCAGGACUUUAAAGGCCCACUUCUGUCUGACUACAGGUUUGACUGGGACAGAGUUCUCCAGAGCCAGGGUGACACAGGAGUGUUCCUCCAAUACACACAUGCCAGGCUCCGGAGUUUGCUGAGAAUGUGCGAUGGUGGAGAAGACAGGAACUUCGAUCCUUCUCAUCUUCAGGACCAUGAGGCCACUGCUAUUCUUCAGCACCUUCUACGGUAUGAUGAAGUUCUCCUUCAGUCUUCACAGGAUCUCCAGCCCAAACACCUCGUCAACUUUCUGCUGACACUUUGUCGUCUGGUGGCUGUGGCUCACAAGACUCUGCCGGUGAAGGGCAGUCCCCCUGCUGUGGCCCAGGCAAGGCUGCAGCUGUUUCGGAGCACGUGCAUCGUGCUGGCCAGUGGCUUGAGGAUUCUCGGCAUAACGCCCGUCGAGAAGAUGUGAAUUCCAAAACAUUUCCAACUUGGAUUCCUUUCAAGACCUGUUCAUACCUGAAAUGUAGCGAUGUAAGAUACUGAACCAAUAAAAAGUAAGUUUUCAA